AUGGACGGCCUCCGUGGGGCCAGGGCGUCGCGGUACGGCGAGGAGGAUGAGGACGAGGAAGAGGAGCUGGAGGGCGGCCCGAAGGAGUCCAGACUGCCUCCCAUCUCCAGCUGCGCCCCAGAGCCCAAACGGAAGGGGAAGAAGAAAAAGAAGAAGAGAAAGACGGAGGGAUCGGGCAAGGGGGACGACAGACACCAGAGCCGGGGCCUGAAGAGCCAGCAGCUGACGUCCCCUCUCCACGAGGCCCUGAGCCCCAGCAAGGAUCACGGCCCGAGGCCGGAGCACAGGCAGGACAGGGAGCCAGGCAAGCUCGUCCCUUCCGUCUCCUCCUCGGCCAGCCUCCCCGGCCUCGCCAGGUCAGAGGAGAAACCCUCCAGCAAGGUCAACGAGAGCCUGCGCUGGGACGGCAUCCUCGCCGACCCCGAGGCCGAGAAGGAGCGGAUUCGCAUCUACAAGCUGAACCGCAGGAAGCGGUACCGGAUCGUGGCCCUCAAGGGCAUCCUCUCUGAGCCCGGCGCCCGGGAGAAGCCCGAGAGCCCCGCGGACGCCGGGGAGGACAGCGCCCUGGGCCCGGAGCUCGCCCCGCGGGCCCCCGCCGGCCCCGCCGAGUGCGGGGAGGGAAGCCUGGCCCCCGCGCUGCCCGAGUGA